ACAAAAGCGGUCACAUAGGAAUGCACGCCCUUCACGCCACCACAGACCACAACAAAAGGAACCUAUUCCGCUAGAAAACACGCCUUUAGUGUCCCAAACUCUCUAAAAGUCGACGAAGACACCCAAAUAAGCUUAAAUAAAUAAAAACCACAGUCAAAAUGUACCGCUCACCACGCAUUUAGAUGGAUCCAGUCCUUACCGACAACCUAUGUAUCAACAAGACCCAAUCGAACAACUUUACUGUACACUUACCUUUCCUUUCCACUCUGCAUCAAUAAACACCCUAAUACUACCGACAUCAACUCCCUAAACCACCUAGAACAUCGCCUACGAAGCCUACAACCGGUCUACCAAGUCCACCCUAACCCCCCGUUCGCCCAAGAUUCAACUACUAGCGACAGUUUCCCUAUCCGGGAGACUGGUGUUUAAGUUGGUCGACAAGAUUUUAGCCCUCACAUCCUCCGGAGAAUGGAUGAUCCUGGUUGGCAAUGGCCCGCUUGGAAAUUUGGAAUGAAGAGGGAAGAACUCUUCACCAAGUUACAUGAUCAGUAUAAUACCAUCGCCUUCUCCAUCCAAGAUCCCGAGGCCUUUCACCACGACGUCUACGAGAUUUCCAACACAGCAUCCUGCGCCGAUGAGUUCCACCGUUUACUAGCCGACCGCAAGCAGCUACGGCUGAACGAGUUGAACCAGAGCCUAGAAUCUGCCUCUGUCGAGAUCAUUGCUAACCCAGAUCUUAUCGGCACUCACCAGUGGCAAUUCGCUAUCCAGCUUUUUCGAACGAAGUCGCUUGACUCUCUCGUGAGAUACUUCUCAUCCUAUCUCCCAGACGAUCACCCCUGGCAUCAAUCCACCGAUGACCCUACAUCAAAACCCUUCUUCGACGACCCGGAAGAUGAUGGUUCUCUCAUGACAUACGAACCCUUUGCCAUCAACACCGCUGUAACCUCGAUUCCGGAAAGUCAUCUUCCUCCCUCUCCUCGAUCUCUCACGACGUGCUCAGACAACUCUCUGUCGUUAACACCAGCACGGACGAUGUCCUUCUCCGAAGCUGAGACGGAUGUGAUGGUGUUAUCGGGGACCUUGUCUCGUGGUUUCGAUGACGAAGACAUAUCACAAUCAGAUGUCUGCGAGUCUCCGACGACUUCUGUCUCCGACAUGUCGGAGAUACAAUCGUUGGAGUCGCUGCCGGAGGAGUUCGAGGAGGUUGACAACGUUCGGGAGGAGGAAAAGCCAACAACGACGAGUUUUGCACAACGGGAGGAUACCAACGAGUCGGAGAUGCCGACACCUCGAAACGAAUGCCGAUCAGAUUCAUACAUAAGUGAUGAUAUUGCUACAGCAGUAUCGUCUUCGAAACAAAAUACACCUCAUAGAAGCGUUCGAGAUGGGAGUCCAGGAUUGUUGAGGUCGCGACGGAGGAGUCCUGAAGUGGGGCGAGUGAGGAAGCCAUCACCAGAUCCUACACGGAUUAGACCAAAGGGUCGGAGACGAUAUCUGGGCGGCGUUUGAUGCCAUUAUGAAACUGUAUAUAUGCUAUGAUGUUGUAAAUACCCUCAAUGCGCUAAGUUUUCACUGUUAUGUUUCCCCCUCUGUUUAUUGAUUUCUAGUUUAGGGUAUGACGAUGACUUCAGAUUGCCACGAUUGCUAACCUACCAACUUGUACGACUAACAUCCCGAUACUUCUAUUCGUCGAAUAUCUCCAAUACAAGACCAACAACAUUGAUAUGCUAGUAUGCUAAUAGUAAACUCUUCUCUUAUAUAGCUAGUGGCUUUUGAAUAGGGAUUGUUCACUAAUGAGGACGUCGCUGAUAGAGAUAUCCACGAAUGCCAUCGUCGCUGUUUACGAUCGUGUCGGUCCAGCGUGCCGAUGUCUAAACGUCCACUAACUCUCCGCGUAAAAACAGAACCUAUAGUGCCUAUACGCUAAAAUUUUUGUAUUUUAGGGCUUAGACACCGAAUUAUUAGUGCUUCAUACUAUUUCUGUUUGCGGUGUUCUGGUAAACAAGGUGUGAGGUCAUCGACUUUCAUACAAACGACAUCACGACUCAUGAGUACCUACGAAUAUGUGCUAACAUAAACAGAUGAUGAGAGUUACUACUAAUUAAGAUUUAAUCCUUCCACUUUGCCUUAUAUAUCUACUUAAGAUAAUAAUACUAUCAGUUC